AUGGGUGGUGCUGCUGAUGCUAAGAACGGCCAUUUCAUUGGCAACUGGGGCGAGUUUGGUACGCUGCCCGACCCCCAGCGCAUUGCCACCUACUCGCUCUCUUCUAACCGCCAGCGCCCCUUCGCCGGUGCCUUCCACGCUGCCAUCUUCAACAGCUUCCGUCGUUUCCGCCACCAGGUUCUCUACGUCGUUCCUCCCUUCAUCGUUGCCUACGCCACCAUGAACUGGGCUGUUGAGCGCAACGAGUUCCUCAACUCCAAGCCCGGCCGCCUGCUUGAGGGUGGUGGUGGUGAGGAGUAA